AUGGAAAACAAGCUGCCUUCCAUCUUGCUAUCGACGAGAAGACUAAAAAGAAGCUGGAACGACGAACGGCAGCGAAAUGCGAAGAUAACGCGGUUUGACGGCACUGAUUCGCUGCGAUUUGUCGCGAGUCGCUGCCGGAUGACGUGGGCUGACCGGCGACCCUCGCAGGUGGCAGACAGUUGGUCGCCUAUGAAUAGAAUCUCGAAAAAACAGCCGCUUGGACUCUUGCCGAUCCUCUCGUUAUAAUUACAUUCUCGUGUUUCUCACUCUGUGACCGAGCUCCAAUUAAAUUUCGCUUCAUUGACGCCUCUCAAUUCGAACUCGUGUGUCCGCCUUCGAAGUUUCUUCGUGGAAUGCGCGUUCCUACAAGAAGAGUAGCUCAAUCAUUAAAAAGAUUUAUCAGAUGCGAAGAGUUUGUUGUCUUCAAUAUACUUUUCUUGGAAUGAAUGAGAUGGUGAGCAUGUGAGUUGCUAGGGAUCGCUCUUCCGAAUGUUUAAUUAUUUUCCACACCCAUCCCUCCGCUUUCCCUAUUCAUAAUUUUUCUAUUAUUAUCUCUUAUCUACGUUUUUCGAGAAAAUCUCUGCUGAAUCGUACUCUAGAAAAAAAAGCACUGACGACAGUUUUUUUUUUCAAUUUAUAAGAGAAUGCAGAUAAAUGUUUCACAGGCUGUUGACUACAGGAUAGAAGCCAUGAACAGCUCGUACGUAAUGGCCUUAAUUCCAUAUAUUCCAGCUUCUUCCUUGAUUUGCAUCGGUAUUUAUUCAUUAUUUCAAGCGCAAAUGUAUCAUAAAGAGCUGAAAGGCCCUGCGGCGGUUGACGUGGUCGCAAAGUUCUGCGAAUCUCUCAUAAAGACUCCAAACCAACUUUACUCGUGUGUGAGCGUUUGCUCAAAAUGAAUAUUUGAUGGCCAGGAAGUGCUGAAAAAAUUCUCAGCCUUUCAGCCUCAGUUUACGGAGUAUAUUUGGCAAUGAAGAGGAAAAAAAAAAUGAAUUUAGGAGAAUUGACAAAUAAAUCAACCCAAAUUUAAAAGAGAUUGAAAAUUUUUGCAGCAGGCAUCCUAUUUAGUUUUGAAGUUUUUGGUUUUUCUGAGCAAAAAAAAAUGCAGAGGUUGAAACUCUAGAAAUAGCUGAAUAAAGUGAAAUUAUUUUCUUAAUUUUCUGAAGGCAUAGAAAAAAGUCGCAUCUCGACUUUUAUCACGGAAAAUGGGCCUAAAUAAUCGCGAUCAACAUCGUUUUGAUCAUUUUGUUAUGAGGAGGCUGCAAGUUUAAACUUUUGAAGCGUUUUCAGGUCAGCUUUUUCAAGAUUUUUUCAAACAAGUGAAACUUAAUACGAAGUGGAGACUAACAUAACCUUUCGGUUUUCUUCCUUCACCGCCACAUAGAUAAGCGAAACAAAAACAAUAUACAGAAACCCCUCAAGUCGCAUAAGUUCUGGGUGCGUCCAAUAAAAGUAAGCAGCAAGGAGGGGGAAAUUGCAAAACAUGCAGCGCAUAAUUCUAUGAUUGAAGGCGUGCUCUCGCUGGAGCCCAAAAAGACACUCGCUCACACAUCGGAAAGUUUGUGUCGUUGGCCACGCAACUCUCGGCUUUCCGAGCCAAAGACUUGCGUGAUGACAUUCUCCACGCCAACUUUCCGUCGCGGAUCUUUGAUAGUUCUUUUCCUGUCCGAAUCCCGGCUUCGCAGAGGAUCUGUUAG